GAACAUACGAAUUGGACUAAUCAUUGGAUUUCUUCUCCUGAGGGCGCGCUUACUUAGUUAUUGUAUCAUGUUAUCAUCGGAUUUACUCUCACAUAGAUAUCAAGUCCGAUUCAAUUUGUGCAACCGUUGGCAAGACGGGAGGGACAUAAGUACCCUGCUAUGGGUACAGUCUGGCAGUAAGGUAAAAGCGAUAACACCUUAGCAUUGAAGUGAAUAAAAGUUACCAAAAUUAAGAUGCUUCACCUCUCACCUCCAUCCACAAGUUCCAGUCUGUCUGACGACAACUCCAACACUACAAGCAGCCGAAAGACCCGUAACAGCUGCGACGCUUGUGCCAAGUCCAAGUUGCGCUGUGGAAAGCAACAUCCUCGAUGUGAACGUUGUGUGAUGAGGAAUCAAGCUUGCACUUACGGACUUGCUCGACCAAAAGGACGGCCACGACUCUCUCAUCGAUCACCUAGCAUUCCUCCUGUGGAUCCACCCUGCUCGCCAGACCCUAUUCUAGACCCGAACGUAUUCUCUACGCUCUGCGAUCCUGAAUUGAUAUCAGACAGCUAUCUCGACUGUCCCUCAGGGAAUACAAUCACAUCUACGUCAACUCUCACUUCUCCUGGCGGUCAACAUCUGGAGGACUGGCAGUUCUUGGACCACGAGCUUAACCUUCCAUUUGACAUCACUACACCUCAACCAAUUUUCACGCUACGGCCUGCGCAGUCUGACUAUCCGAUGGACUCAACACUUGGUGUCACUUCACCCUCGCAACAACCCUUGUCCGCAACUCUUCCUGGCCCAAGUAACUCCUCCAGGGAACCUCCUUCCUGCACCAGCUUGAUCCUGGACACACUCAGAUCACUAAUCCUUCCGCUUGAGUUUUGUAAUCGACAUCUGACUGCACCUCGAUCGGCCAACCUUGACACAGCCUUAAAAAUCAGCAAUGACGCAGUUGACAACCUUACUGUGGUACUAGAGUGUGACUGCUCCGUGGAUCCUUUUCUCUCCACGUUGGUGGCCGAAGUUAUAAUCAAGAUCCUUGGUUGGUAUGACCUGAUCGUUGAAGACAGCAAGUACAUUGGCUCAGAUUCGACAAAUCCACUUCUAAUAUUGGAUUCAAUCAAAAUAGGGGGCUUUGAACCGAGAAAGGAUGAUUCUAGACGGAUAGUGCUUCAAGUGGUGCUGAAUGAAUUGGACAGGGUACAAACGCUGGUGGGGAGUUUUGCUGACCGAUACUGUCACCCCGAUGAGCUCAUAUAUGAGGAAGAAAAUCCGGUUGGUCCCGCCUUAGAGGCAGCGUUGCGGGGAAGACUGAAUACAAUCAGAGGCCAGGCGAUGCAGAGAAUGGCUGGUUAGGGUGAUUUUGGUUGCUUAGCAAGUGCAUAUGGGUUGUCAUCCGUGCUACCCCGUACAAUAUUGUACUUAGGGGAUAAUGAACCAACGAGUCAUAAUAGGGCUUUGUAAUCGUCGCAAUCUUAGCAAUCGUGCAAUCUUUAAUC